AUGGUGAGAAGCAUGCCUAGCUCGGAGAAGAUUGUCAUAGCAGGGGACUUCAAUAGGCACAUUGGGGGUUUUCCGGGUGGUUAUGAUGAUCUGCAUGAAGGGUUUGGUUUUGGUGACAGAAAUGGUGAGGGGGUUGCUCUUUUGGAUUUUGCGAGGGCCUUUGGACUAGUGGUUGUCAAUUCAAACUUUUCAAAGAAGGAGAAUCACCUGAUUACUUUCCGAAGCGCUUUAGCCAAGACUCAGAUUGACUUUCUGCUGCUUAGAAAGAGGUAUAGGGCUAUGUGUAAGGAUUGUAAAGUCAUUCUGAGUGGGCAUCUUUCGACUCAGCACAGGCUUUUGGUGAUGGACUUAAUUAUCAAGAAGAAUAAGAAGAGUAGGGCCGGAGAGGGUCGACCCAGAAUUAAGUGGGGUGGCUUGACACCUGUUAGUGCGCUAGAGAUAGGGGAGAAGGUGGCGGGAAUGGGGGUGUGA